AUGGCAGCGAGACGGACUAGUCAACAAAUCACGUACUGUACUGUCCUGUACUGUACUGUGACAGGGACAGGGACAGGGACAGGGACAGGGACAGGGACAGGGACAGGGACAGGGACAGGGACAGGGACAGGGACAGGGACAGGGACAGGGACAGGGACAGGGACAGGGACAGGGACAGGGACAGGGACAGGGACAGGGACAGGGACAGGGACAGGGACAGGACAGGGACAGGGACAGGGACAGGGACAGGGACAGGGACAGGGACAGGGACAGGGACAGGGACAGGGACAGGGACAGGGACAGGGACAGGGACAGGGACAGGGACAGGGACAGGGACAGGGACAGGGACAGGGACAGGGACAGGGACAGGGACAGGGACAGGGACAGGGACAGGGACAGGGACAGGGACAGGGACAGGGACAGGGACAGGGACAGGGACAGGGACAGGGACAGGGACAGGGACAGGGACAGGGACAGGGACAGGGACAGGGACAGGGACAGGGACAGGGACAGGGACAGGGACAGGACAGGGACAGGGACAGGGACAGGGACAGGGACAGGGACAGGGACAGGGACAGGGACAGGGACAGGGGCAGGGACAGGGACAGGGACAGGGACAGGGACAGGGACAGGGACAGGGACAGGGACAGGGACAGGGACAGGGACAGGGACAGGGACAGGGACAGGGACAGGGACAGGAACAGGGACAGGGACAGGGACAGGGACAGGGACAGGGACAGGGACAGGGACAGGGACAGGGACAGGGACAGGGACAGGGACAGGGACAGGGACAGGGACAGGGACAGGGACAGGGACAGGGACAGGGACAGGGACAGGGACAGGGACAGGGACAGGGACAGGGACAGGGACAGGGACAGGGACAGGGACAGGGACAGGGACAGGGACAGGGAUAACUCAGUUUCUUAUAGUAAACUCUUAAACGAUACACUUCUGGCAAAGAAAGUACACAAAUCCCUAAAACAAAUCGACGCCCUCCUCGACGGAGUCCAAAAAGAAAUUAACAAACAAAGGAUAAUCCUCAAAUCUAGAAUAGAUUAUGAAAACGCUCCAAUACCAGAUGAUGGUGAUUUUCUGAAUUAUGACGUCACAGAUUUGUUUUGGGGCGAACAAACUGGAUUGGAUGGGAUGACACAUGAAGAUAAAACAUCUACAUUCUUAGCAACACCAGAAACAGUAGCGCCGGUUCAGACUCCAGAAGAAAUAAACGAAGAAGAGAUUACUUGGCCAAGUUUGACAACACCUGCGUACACUACCAGCAAAUACUUCCCUAGAUAUCCAUAUGAACCUCCACAACUUUACCAAACCAUCCCUGCAUUAACCGCGCCACAGGAGCCUGUACCGACAAGGAACGAUUCCUUUGAUAUAAUUAUAACACCACCCAACUUCGUAAACAUGACACAUAAGGUUAAAAACGACGCUGAUUACGAUUAUCACAAAGAAUUCCAUGCGGUCAAUAUUGGUGUCACAAAAAAAUCAUUUUUUGCAACUUUUCCCUUGCAUACUGAUGCCACAGUCACUACUAAAGCUUAUCCACCUUAUGUUUACUCGCCUCUUGAUAUCGAUAACCUUUACACUGUUAAAAAACCUUUUAAAAUGGAACCAACAGUUUCUACAAAUAUUCCUUUCACUACGAACGUACAAAAAUCGAAAGAAAGCCAUAAUUUUAUGAACAUAUUUAGCCCAGUGACCCCGAGGAUACGCGUUCAAAGAUGGACAGCCAGAACUUCAUCCUGGGCCGGGCUGACUACAUUGUCACAGCCAAAAACCACUUUAUCAAAAGCGCAAUUGUGGGUUCAGAAUCUAAUGAAGAAUUCCGGCGCUCGUAUACACAGAGAAGGUUCUUUGUCUCCUCCCAGAUAUCCUCCACCUGCAACAGACAACGAAUUUUCCUUCUCCACAGGCCAAACAGAGAGGCUUGUACCAGAGACGGAACUUUAUGAGAUUUUUACAACUACACCAGAGCACAACCCUUUAACGAGCACAACUAUAGUUACUGCAUUACCAGGCUCUGCAGGGGAAGUAUUGUAUGGAGGCAUUGGAAUCAAAACCACUACCGAUUUGGCCCCAUCUCCAAGACAAGUCUACUUCCAGAUGAUGGAGGAACAAAACGAAGGAUAUCUGACCAUCUUUCUAUUGGAAAUAUUAAAAAUUACUUCCUUGAAAGAUGAGAAACUAGUUAAAGAAGUCUUACUGGAAGUAGAACUACAUAUAAAUACUUGGUAUAACACCGAUCAAUUGAUGUGGUUCGGCCAACCCCUAGCUGACGUCAUCCAAAAACUUUCCCGGUUUAUAAGCGAAGCACCGAUUGAUUAUGUAAGAAGCUACUCAUCAAUGGUAUAUCAGUUGUUGAAAGUCAGGAAGACUGCUGUAGCAGUGGACGUAAACUCCAUCAUAGAUUAUGCUGAUCUGCUGUAUACGGAUGAUGAGGGAGGGCAACUCUUCGAUGCUAUAAUGGAAUACGAAGAAUACCCAAAUGCAACUAAAGCUAAACCAAAAUAUCUUCGAAAAUUACACAAUCGCAACACAAACAAAAGAAUGAGAAAAAUCAAGAAGCAAGAAGUUGUUGAUGACGUCAUAAAACACUUCUCUUCUCGACUCAAAAAUAUUGAAUCAUUGAAACGCUCAUCAAACUAUGCGAAAGAUAUGAUAACACCAGUCGUCAACAAUGAUAUGUUCGCGGAAAAUAAAAUAUAUUUUAAAUCUUCUAAAGAGAAAGUAAAAUAUAAUGAAUAUGACGAAUCGCCAAUAAAUUACAAAAAAAUAUUAUUAGAUACAUCUUUUGAAAACCAGGAAGAAAGUAAAAUCGAUGUAGACGGUCAUACAAAUCAAAAAUCGCAUUAUACUGAUGUUGAUGAAACGCCGACGUUUGAAGAAAAUAGUCAUAUUUCAACAAAUGAAAUCGACGCUAUGAAGAAAAAUUUACGAAAUGCUAUUGAAAACGCGCAAGGCAAUGUAAAUUAUAACAAGAUGAAAGCUUUAAAACCUUAUGCUCGGAUUUUAAAAGAAGAUAAUAAUCACAAUAUUCCCAGUAAAAACUCAGCGAUCUCCAACCCGCCUGAUACUGGCUUUUAUGUAGACAUCCAGCUAUGGACUAUUUCGGUGUGUUAA